AUGACAUCUCCAUCUUCUUCUUCUUCUUCUUCUUGUGUUCUUCCACUUAACAAAAUAGUGGUAAUAUCACUUGACUUUGGUACUAGUCGUAGUGGCUAUGCUUAUUCCUUUCCUUCAGAAAAGCCAGAUAUCUAUGCACAUGACUCUUGGCCUGGAGGAGGAGGAGGAGGAUCGAACACAAAGACAUUGACUGUCGUAUCUCUCUACGAGGAUGGCAAGCUAUCAAAGUUUGGGUAUGAUGCACGCGAAGAUUAUGACAAUGCUAUCUUUUCAAAUUACAAGAUGGUACUGUUUAGCUCGGCUUCGAGAGAAAAGACAAUGGUCAAGGCUGACAAUUGUGAUCAGACUGCAUCGGUUCAAUCUCUCAUCACAGAGACACUCAAGUACUUGAAACAAAUUAGUUUGGACAAAGUCCGUCUUGGCUAUACCAAUAAAAUAGAACCCAGUGACGUGCUAUGGGUCAUCACAGUACCGGCUAUCUGGGAUGAUGCUGCAAAACAGAUCAUGCGUCAAUGUGCUCUGGAUGCUGGUUUAUGUACUAAAGAUGAUGAUAAAGGAUCAAUAUUAUUUGCGUAUGAACCAGAGAGUGGAGCAUUGGAUUGUAUUUUUGAAAAGACAAACUCUUAUAGUAUUAGAGAAGGUGAAACUCUUCUUGUUUUUGAUCUUGGUGGUGGAACUGCUGACUUUACAGGAUAUAAACAAUUGGCAGGUGAUAAGAUUUCAAGUAUUGUAACUCGAUUUGGUGGAGAUUAUGGAUCUAAUGAAUGCAAUGAAAACUUUAAGAAAUUCUUAUUGCAAUUACUUGGUGACGAAUUCCCAAAGGACAUGAUUGAAGGUAAUGAUUUUAUGCAGGUGAUGGACAAGUUUGAAAGUGUCAAAACAUCAAUGAACGCUAGUUCCUACAUCAAUGACAGCAAUCCAAGAUCAAUUCUAUUUAAUCCACGUACAUUUGGUAUGACUUUCGAUUGGCUACUUGAACGAAUUGAAAAAUACAAUACUGCCAACGCCUCCAAAAUCGAAUACAGGAGAUCAGGUAGUCUUGUCAUUCCCAUGGAGACAUUUAUGACCUUUUUACAACCAUUGUUCAAAAACAUUGUAGAUUGUGUCAAGAAAAAAAUGCUAGAAUGUCCCGCCAUCAGCAACCCAAACUUUAUCUUUAUGAUUGGUGGUUUCAGUGAAAACUACUUUCUUCAAGAAUUGGUAAAGAAAGAGUUUGCAUCGACUGGUGCUAAAAUCAUGAUGCAAACACGACCAUCAUUGUCUGUUGUAAAGGGUGCAUGUCGAUUCGGUCUACGUCCAUCUGUCGUUACCUCACGUCAUGUGCCAAGAUCAUAUGCUGUCGAAAUCGUUGAAGAGAUUGCACCGGAAAACGAACACCUUCAUGCAGACAGAAAAGUUUUUUUUUCAAAUGGUAAAUUUUAUGUCAAAAAUGUCUGCAGCUCCUUUGUUCGCGCUGGACAGUCUGUUGGCAUAGAUGAAGUAGUCGUGCAAGCAUACCAACCACUUUCCGCUACUGCGACCCAAGUCGCCAUUGCAAUAUUCACUUCGCAAUUGCCAGAUAUUAAAUAUACAACCGACCCUGGAAUCUCGUUUGCCGCCGAAAUUAUAGUUCCUCUGCCACCAGGUGAUACCAUAGACGAUAAAUCAGUUCAUGUCUUGAUGAAAUUUGGUAACACCGAAGUAUUGGUAUCUGCCGUUCAAAUCAAAUCUCGUGCUGUAAUCGAGGCCAAAAUAGACUUUGCAAUGACUCAAGAAGAAGCUGAAAGAAGAAAUCAAGAACGUCUUAAUAAAUAA